AUGGGUGGUCCAUCCCUCAUCUCCCAAAACUCACAACAACUACCAACACCGAAGAGAGCCAGAUCUACCAAGAUUAAGAAGAAGCGCGUCGACAAAGACGAGUUCGCUUUGGAAUGGCUGACACGCUUCGUCCUUAUGGACCGCGAGCUAGAGGACGCUCGUGAGCCCAAGCCACAGGGAGGCUUGGUAGUGCAGGGAGAAGAUGGAGAAGAUCUGAUCGUGAACGAUGACGACGACGAUGACUACCAACUCAGACAGCUCGAUGCAGUCGGCCACGGCUUGGAUUUGCUGGAGGCUUGGGAUGAUGUUGCUAAGGGCGUGAUGGUUACGAAGAAAUCGUUCCCGAAGGAGAUUUGGCUCAACCCCUUCACCGCCGCUGACGCACUUCGUACCUUCGUCAUCAACUUCUUGGCCACGUGGCAGACUAUCAAGCACGAGAAGUUCUACCACGGCCAGCAACGACACGCACAACACAUUAAGCAGUUCGCGAAGAAGCUGAAUGCCAUGCUGGAGAGGGCGCAUAAGAUGGCGCCGAAUGUGAUUAAUAAGGUCAGAGGUGCUGCGGGUGGGAGGCUGAGGAAGGCACGGGCUGGGGAUGAUGAUGAUGGGGACGAGGAGUGA